UUUUUAGAUAGUGCGAAGGGAGUCAUUUAAGAGAGAAGUCUGGAAUUCUAUGGAAGCACAGAGGGGUGCAUCUGAGGGAGAUGAAUCAAUUAUGGAAAGUACGGUUUUCUCUUCUUCAGUCGGUUUUGUGCUUCGUUUUCGAUCUGCUGGUGUUCCGGGCAGAGUGCAGCGCCCCGACCUUCUCAGGGUGAUGAGUCUGGUGGGAAGAAAUGGCUUCAGAGAGGCUGUGAAGGCCACAGGGCAAGCAGAGGCUGGAACCAGGAGUACAAACCAGCAAUUACAGAUUGCAGCCAACAUCAAAGACACCUGAUGCGGAUGAUCAAGGAUUCAGGAUUUAAGUAAAGCAAACAGCUUCUCUUUUGUAUUUCAAAGUCUUGGAGUCGGAGAGCGCGCCUCGCUUCCAGAGCCCCCGGACCCGGCGAGUCAGCGAUCGCCGAGCCGGCCACCAUGCCCGGCAGACCGCGCCACUAGGCGCUCCUCGCGGCUCCCACCCGGCGGCGGCGGCGGCGGCGGCGGCGGCCGCGAUGGUUUCAGACGCUGAAGGAUUUUGCAUCUGAUCGCUCGGCGUUUCAAAGGCAGAGGCCCCCCCUCCCCCUUCCCCCCUCCCUCGCCGUCUUUGUUUCCUUCCCCCCCUGCUCUCCCCACUCCCCCCACCCCACCCCCCUCUCCUCUCCUCCUCCUCUUUUUUAGAAGCAGCGAUCGGAGAUGGAUGUCUCUCUUUGCCCAGCCAAGUGUAGUUUCUGGCGGAUUUUCUUGCUGGGAAGCGUCUGGCUGGACUAUGUGGGCUCCGUGCUGGCUUGCCCUGCAAAUUGUGUCUGCAGCAAGACUGAGAUCAAUUGCCGGCGGCCGGACGAUGGGAACCUCUUUCCCCUCCUGGAAGGGCAGGAUUCAGGGAACAGCAAUGGGAACGCCAGCAUCAACAUCACGGACAUCUCAAGGAAUAUCACUUCCAUACACAUAGAGAACUGGCGUAGUCUUCACACGCUCAAUGCCGUGGACAUGGAGCUCUACACUGGACUUCAAAAGCUGACCAUCAAGAACUCAGGACUUCGGAGCAUUCAGCCCAGAGCCUUUGCCAAGAACCCCCAUUUGCGUUAUAUAAACCUGUCAAGUAACCGGCUCACCACACUCUCGUGGCAGCUCUUCCAGACGCUGAGUCUUCGGGAAUUGCAGUUGGAGCAGAACUUUUUCAACUGCAGCUGUGACAUCCGCUGGAUGCAGCUCUGGCAGGAGCAGGGGGAGGCCAAGCUCAACAGCCAGAACCUCUACUGCAUCAAUGCUGAUGGCUCCCAGCUUCCUCUCUUCCGCAUGAACAUCAGUCAGUGUGACCUUCCUGAGAUCAGCGUGAGCCACGUCAACCUGACCGUACGAGAGGGUGACAAUGCUGUCAUCACUUGCAAUGGCUCUGGAUCACCCCUUCCUGAUGUGGACUGGAUAGUCACUGGGCUGCAGUCCAUCAACACUCACCAGACCAAUCUGAACUGGACCAAUGUUCAUGCCAUCAACUUGACGCUGGUGAACGUGACGAGUGAGGACAAUGGCUUCACCCUGACGUGCAUUGCAGAGAAUGUGGUGGGCAUGAGCAAUGCCAGUGUUGCCCUCACUGUCUACUAUCCCCCACGCGUGGUGAGCCUGGAGGAGCCUGAGCUGCGCCUGGAGCACUGCAUUGAGUUUGUGGUGCGUGGCAACCCCCCACCAACGCUGCACUGGCUGCACAAUGGACAGCCUCUGCGGGAGUCCAAGAUCAUCCAUGUGGAAUACUACCAGGAGGGAGAGAUUUCUGAGGGCUGCCUGCUCUUCAACAAGCCCACCCACUACAACAAUGGCAACUAUACCCUCAUUGCCAAAAACCCACUGGGCACAGCCAACCAGACCAUCAAUGGCCACUUCCUCAAGGAGCCCUUUCCAGAGAGCACGGAUAACUUUAUCUUGUUUGAUGAAGUGAGUCCCACACCUCCUAUCACUGUGACCCACAAACCAGAAGAAGACACUUUUGGGGUAUCCAUAGCAGUUGGACUUGCUGCUUUUGCCUGUGUCCUGUUGGUGGUUCUCUUCAUCAUGAUCAACAAAUAUGGUCGACGGUCCAAAUUUGGAAUGAAGGGUCCCGUGGCUGUCAUCAGUGGUGAGGAGGACUCAGCCAGCCCACUGCACCACAUCAACCACGGCAUCACCACACCCUCUUCGCUGGACGCCGGGCCCGACACUGUGGUCAUCGGCAUGACCCGCAUCCCUGUUAUUGAGAACCCCCAGUACUUCCGUCAGGGACACAACUGCCACAAGCCGGACACGUAUGUGCAGCACAUUAAGAGGAGAGACAUCGUGUUGAAGCGAGAACUGGGUGAGGGAGCCUUUGGAAAGGUCUUCCUGGCCGAGUGCUACAACCUCAGCCCGACCAAGGACAAGAUGCUUGUGGCUGUGAAGGCCCUGAAGGAUCCCACCCUGGCUGCCCGGAAGGAUUUCCAGAGGGAGGCUGAGCUGCUCACCAACCUGCAGCAUGAGCACAUUGUGAAGUUCUAUGGAGUGUGUGGCGAUGGGGACCCCCUCAUCAUGGUCUUUGAAUACAUGAAGCAUGGAGACCUGAAUAAAUUCCUCAGGGCCCAUGGGCCAGAUGCAAUGAUCCUUGUGGAUGGACAGCCACGCCAGGCCAAGGGUGAGCUGGGGCUCUCCCAAAUGCUCCACAUUGCCAGUCAGAUCGCCUCGGGUAUGGUGUACCUGGCCUCCCAGCACUUUGUGCACCGAGACCUGGCCACCAGGAACUGCCUGGUUGGAGCGAAUCUGCUAGUGAAGAUUGGGGACUUCGGCAUGUCCAGAGAUGUCUAUAGCACGGAUUAUUACAGGGAAGGGCCAUGCCAGAAGGGCCCGUUCAGCGUGGUGUGGCAGCGGCAGAGGCUAGCAGCAACGACAGCUUCCACACUCUUUAAUCCAUCUGGAAAUGAUUUUUGUAUAUGGUGUGAGGUGGGAGGACACACCAUGCUCCCCAUUCGCUGGAUGCCCCCUGAAAGCAUCAUGUACCGGAAGUUCACUACAGAGAGCGAUGUGUGGAGCUUCGGGGUGAUCCUCUGGGAGAUCUUCACCUAUGGAAAGCAGCCAUGGUUCCAACUCUCAAACACGGAGGUCAUAGAGUGCAUUACCCAAGGUCGUGUUUUGGAGCGGCCCCGAGUCUGCCCCAAAGAGGUUUACGAUGUCAUGCUGGGGUGCUGGCAGAGGGAACCACAGCAGCGGCUGAACAUCAAGGAGAUCUACAAAAUCCUCCAUGCUUUGGGGAAGGCCACCCCAAUCUACCUGGACAUUCUUGGCUAGUGGUGGCUGGUGGUCAUGAAUUCAUACUCUGUUGCCUCCUCUCUCCCUGCCUCACAUCUCCCUUCCACCUCACAACUCCUUCCAUCCUUGACUGAAGCGAACAUCUUCAUAUAAACUCAAGUGCCUGCUACACAUACAACACUGAAAAAAGGAAAAAAAGAAAGAAAAAACCCUGUAAGGCAGUUUGGCAUAUAUAUAUAUAUAUAUAUAUAUUUAUAUAUCUAACUAUCUAUCAAUCUAUAUCUACAGAGAGAUACCUUCUCUAGUACACAGAGAAGCUGCUGAUACAGAAAACCACAAGACUUUAACAACUCAGAAACUCUAAAAUAUUAAUAAUACAAAGGAAAAUUCCCUUUGACUUAAGCUGUGGCCCAUGCUUCUAAUGCUAUGGCUUUUCGGAGCAGAAGACCUGGACCAUGCAGAGAGACAAUCUUUGGGAUGAGAGCUCUGGGACGGGAGGAGUUAAGGUGGUGAUCAGUCGCUGCUGUGUGCGUCUGUUACCCCGGAAGCUCACCACAGGCACAUGUGGGGACCGCAUGGCUGAGCUCAGCAAAGAAAUGAUGCUGGAGCAGGGUCCUUGCCUCCACUUCUUCCCCAUUUCCUCCACUUCAGGACAAUGUUCUAAUUUGUCCGUUCUAAAAAGUGUAAUCUUGAUGCUUUUGGGAAUCAACGAUGGCACCUACGGGUAAACACAGAACAGACAACCCCACAACACAAAACCGUGACAAGAGCUGACCGCAUCCAUCCUGGGUGUAAACUUCUUGCUGGAGUUGCAAAGGAUGUGUCUUUCUAUUCUCAGAACUUAACUGGACUUUCUGGACUAAAAGAACCACAGAAGAAAAAAUAGCUGAAACCUGAACCCUGCCAAGACACUGCCACCUGUCUUUUCCAUCAUUGUGAAGAUUCCUUGGCCUCACCUCCCACUUUCAGGCCCCUGGGAAGCUUAGAGGGUUAGGAAACAGGUCCCCAUGUUAUCUUUGAAUGUAGACGCAGCAGGCUUUAGAGUUGCAAUAGCAAGAGACUUGGUUGUUUGUAGGUCAUUAUAACGAAUGCCCCCUGGUCCUCUCAGUUUCUCAUCCUGCUUCCCUAGAGCCUAGACUCCACUUCCUGGGUCUCUACCGAGUCCCAGGUAAACCCCACUGCCAAGGAAGGAAGCCAGGUCUAGUGAGAGGCUGCAGCAGUGAGUGUUUCAGGAAAGCAAGCAGUGGAGUGGGUGAGAGCCAGCAGGGGAGAAUCUACUUGGCACCUGCUCCAGGCCCCUUGGCAUUCUCCUCACGUUUCCAGCCCCUGGGAGGAUUGAUGCAUCUGCCUUUGAGCUGUUGUGAAAACGCAGGGGCUGAGAAAUCACUUUUGUGGGCUGGGGUAGGGGGAAGGGCUGACGCUUCUCUGGGAGAUGUCCAAUGAGCAGCCAGUGCUGCAGGCUUGGCAUCUUAAUGAGGCCUGAGCCCUGACCGGAGAGAGGGAAGGAAACAUCUGGGCUGGGGCCUGCUCCCUCUGCCCCAGCACGGGGGAAUCACUGCCUUCCUGGCUGCUGCCACAGACCACGGUGGGGUUGACCUCUGGGCCUCCCUGUCACAUGAAACAUGGAAGCCAACAGCCUGGCCCCACAGAGCUCCUCUGCUGGGGAGGAGAGGAUGUGCUUCUCCCAGGCUACUGGGCCCCUCCGCCUCGCCCCAAGCACAGAGCCACCUAAGGGACUGACCUUUGCCAAACUAGAGCUCACCUCCCGGGGGCCUCUGGCCUACCCUUUUCCCUGCCAGCUGCAGAGACUGCCAGCAGCCUGGACGUCCUGGUUAGCUGAAGGCAUCUGAAACGUGGGCCUCCCUAUGUGGGGUUUAGGACUGAAUUAUGUGUUUGUUGGUUUUGCUUCUUUUUGUAGACCCACAAAUACUUUUAUUUGAAUAGUAAAGAGCUGUGCUCAGAUUGUAGCCAUGGUUGGGAUUUGGGAUCAACGAGGCUGGUUAGCUGGACUGGGAGGGAGGGAGGUGAGAUGGGAGUUUGAUGUGGAUUUUCUCACUGUGCUGUGCUCCUAGCCCCUGAGGACUUUGCGGGAAAGCUGUUUGGAUUGACCACCUCAAGAGAACCCUUUGCUGUCCUAGGGCAAUUACUCCUUUUGUCUUCCCACCUAGAGGACCACUAUGCCGGGGCUGUGAGUGCUGGAUGAAACUGCACAGUCUGGCUUUGAUCUGGGUAGCUAAGAACAGGUGUUCAGGGAGGGCAUGGUCUGGAGGGGCCUGAGGGAAAAGUGUCUUCUGGUUAGAAGUGAAGCACCAAUGCUCCUGUUGCUUCCCUUCUCCCAUAUCCUCCCCUGAAAAAACACUGUGUGGUUUCUGUCUUCUUGGCUGUGUGUUUCAAAGCUGAUAGUUACUGAUGGGCUGAGAAGAAGCAGGAGAAGAACUGGGUUGGAGAUGGGUGGAAAACUGGGAAUAAGGACCGUGCUAUGGUUUUAUCUUCAGGGCACCGAUUCAUCAUGUCCUAAUGAAAGAAGGUGAUUCCUUGGGGAGCAAGAAGCACUGAAGGAGACUGCAGUUGUCAGAUUGCUGGCACCUUAGCAACCCACAGGCUUUCACGUUGAUCUUGGGGUCAUGUCCUUGCCAUGUCCAUUUUAAGCAGCUGGCUGUGGAAGAGUGCGAGAGAGAGAGGGGCAGAGCAGGGAAGGGUAGAGAGGGAAGACCUGCCUUCCUUCAGCUCUGGCUGUCCUCUCUAUACAGAGUCUACUUUGAUUUAUUAACCUUGGCAGAUUAAAAAAAAAGAUUUAUUUUGGAGAGUAAAAGGGGCAGAAAAUAAGGCCAUGGAAAUUGCAGGGGUACGCUACGGCUCUGGGGAGUGUGGCGUGUACUGGGACACACCUGUCUCUCCUAUUUUGGGGCAGGACUGAUAAGGCUUAGUCCACCGUAUCUUAAUUUCCCCAUCUGCAGAAUAAGGGGUACACCUGCUAAUCUCUGGCCCCUUCUAGCUCUGAGUUCUUAGAUUCUAACAACGUUGUAUCACUGUGCCAUUUUUCUCAGCACUACUCUGGAAUGGCAGGACAGCCUUGCAUAGGUGGGGGGCAGUUGCAGCUGAGGGCUCACUGGGCCUGGGCAAGGCUGAGUUCCAAUAAGACACUCCUCUCCUUCUUUGCCCCUUGUCUCAACAUCUCAGAGUCUGAAGUGUCUGAGACGACUGUAAGCCAGGAGCGGAGCAUUUGGUCGGCUUCCCAUCCUGGCGUUCUUACAUGCCGGAAAACCACUGUCGACGGUCUAUUUAUUUAUUUAUUUAUUAAGAGCCUAAUGUGAUGAAAUGUGUUGUGAAAUGACAUCCUAUUAGCCAAUAUGACCACUCCAGUUCAUUUCACCCUCAUUUUCCCAUACCAAAGUCCACAUUUUAGAAGACCGUGUCACAUCAACUCUGAGAGCUUAGCUUUGAAGCGAGCUCUUUUGUUUCUUUUGGUGAAUGCUCCAGGGCACCCAGGCUGGUCUCUCUGCCAUGCCAACCUCACCAGAUCCUCUUCUGGACUGAGUGAGAGUGACCUGCUGUUGGAUGUCCACCUUGGAGUAGGGUGUUGUGGCCAUGGGACCUCCCAGUUCUUCUUUCUUUGGAUGUGAACCUAACACUGCCCUCUAAUGAUAUCCCUGAACUCUGAGGGGACCUUGGGCAUCACUAAGCCUCCUCUAGUCAACAAACAAGAAAAAGGAGGUGGUGCUUCCUCCAUUCAGCAGAUCAUGCACAAAUUACUCCUAGACAGAGGCUUCCCACUUGAGGCAAAGGAUCUUUGGUCCUUCUGGGUUCAGGUUGAACAUUGAUGUUCUUCUCUAGUGAUGCUUACUUUGCGGAAUACACUAGUGCAAGUCAUUUUGGUGCUAAAUACUACAGAAACCAACACUAACAGGAGAGCUGUCGGCCAGCUUCUGGGGCUGCACGAGACUCAACUCAGAAGUAGAAGUGAGUCAGGCAUGCUGGGAGAGUACAGGAUGCAUUGGAAGUUAAGUAGAAAAGUGGCAGGGUGAACCAGCAAAAUUUCUGAUUUUGCUAUUAGUUAGUUAUCUACGUGGCCUUGGCCAAAUCAGCUAAUUUCUCAUCUGAGACACUUAAGAGGUUUGUAUAGAUAUUUUUAGAGUCCUUUUCAUUUUUUUAAAGCUAUGUUCUGGUCCCACCUGUUUUAUAUAUAUAUACUUGCUUGUUAAAAAUAAGAGAUAAAGUGAAAGAUAAGAAGACGAAGAAAAGUUACCAAUGGCAAAGGACUGAUUAUAGAAGGCAAUGAAAGAAGGCCUGGUGACUGGUAGAUUUGAGGAAUAUUGUACAGGGAGCCACGCAGACAAGCCAGAGACUUCAUUUUUAUGCUCUUCAUAGGAGGUUACUGGCCUAGCCACUUGCCUGCGUUUCACCAGGCUGUUCUCCUCAGCUAGUCAACCUUCCCUCUUCAAAACCAACAUGCUAACACUUGGCAGAAACUAUUCCAAGAUGUGGAGAGAGGCCUGCCCAUCUCUCAUGCAUACCAUUGGCAAUCAGCUCUGGGUCAAAACCGACAAGAUUUUUAUCUUUUAAUGCUUAUUGUAAGAGGCUGGGAUGUUUGAAAGAGGGCAGUGUCUUAAGUUGCAGACUAUUCACCAAAGUCCUUUUCUAUUCAGGAAUGACUAAUGACUUUCUUUGCUCCCCUUUUCCAAACCAAACAGCGGCAGUAUUACCUUGACUUCAAAGUACAGUGAUUGCAAGGGACAGUCUUAAGAUUAAGGGUCUUUUUAGUGCUUUGCUCAGAAUCUGGAGCAAAGAAAUGUCUAGGGAUGUUUGUUGAAUGAACCCACCUGCCAGCAGUCCAGAGAGCUGUCCCAAAGGCCCCUGAGAUGUCUAUUGUCUGCUUUGGUAGGGAACCAACCUGCUAGAAGACUCAAGGGCAUUUGCCUUAGAGAAAAAAAAAAAUGGCACAUUUAGUUCAGGGCUUGGGUGCUGAAGUCACUGUGUUUUUGGUUCCUGAAGCUCCACUUUCUUUUUUCAUACUAAAUAAAUUGUUUUGGCCAAUA